CAGAAAUAUAGUAAAUAGAAAUUACAAUUUAAUUAUAUUUACAAUUAUUAAUUAAUGUUUCAUAUAUUAUUAUUACUAAUAGUCUGAAAAUCUUUCCAAAAAAUAAACGGAACUUUUAGUGUCUGUUAAAUAUUUACAGAAUAUUUGUGAUGUGAUCAUAACUAAUCAGCAGUUUUGGAAAAUACGUGAGAAAAUAGGUUAAAAAUGAAAUAUUCAACAUCACCCACCCCAAGUUACAACAACUAUCCGAGAAGCACUUCUCCACUGCCGGCUCCAGCCAACUACCAACCCACAACAGCUAGCGCGGCAGUCAAACGGUACAAAUACUUGAGGAGGCUAUUUAAAUUCAACCAAAUGGACUUCGAAUUUGCUGCCUGGCAAAUGAUAUAUCUGUUUGUCGCCCCACAGAAAGUGUUUAGGAAUUUUAAUUAUAGAAAACAUACAAAAUCACAAUUCGCCAGAGAUGAUCCAGCCUUUUUAGUACUACUAUGUGGAUGGCUUUUUUUUUCAUCAAUAUGUUUUGCCCUAAUAAUGAACCUGACGUGGGGCAAAGUGGUCCUGUUUGUUUUAUUUGUGGUGUUCGUGGAUUUCAUCGGAGCCGCUAUACUUGUCUCCACAUUUUUUUGGUAUGUAACUAACAAGUAUUUGCGGCGGGAGCGAGACGGGCCCGAUGUGGAGUGGGGCUACGCAUUCGAUGUACACAUCAACGCGUUCUUCCCGCCUCUUUUACUCCUACACUGUGUGCAAAUAGUGCUAUUUCACAAUCUGCUGACAUAUGGUGGUAACCUGUCUUGCCUCGUGUCGAACACGUUCUGGCUGGCCUCCAUAAUCUACUACUUGUAUAUCACAUUCCUGGGAUACAGUAAUCUACCAAUAGUCCACAACGCUCGAAUUUUUCUACUUCCACUGCCCAUCUUGGUUCUUACGUACAUUGGCAGUCUGCUGGCCGGAUGGAACCUAAGUUCGAUGCUCAUCAACUUCUACCAUUAUAGAGUUCUAUAACCAUAUAUAAAAAAUAUACGAUAUGUAGAAGUGAAUAUACUGUUUUAAAUUUGACGCGGUCAUUAUUUAUACGUCAAAAUAAGGAAAAAUCACGGAAUUUUAUCACGUUUUGUUUAUACUAGCUUCGCACGGGUUUACAUGUAUUAUACAUAUAAAUCUUCCUCUUGAAUCAUUCUAUCUAUUUGAAAAAACCGCUUCAAUAUCCGUUACGUAGUUUUAAAGAUUUUGGCAUACAUAGAGACGAACAGACAGCGACAGCGACUUUGUUUUAUAAUAUGUAAUGAUUAGCUGGACUCGCGACU